AUGAGCGACGAACCAAACCUAGUCGUCCCGAAAUUCCAGCGAAAUUUGGCGGAUUUUCUGGCUUUCGAUGAGUACAUAUUCCUGUAUGAUAUUCAAGAGAGUCAGAUUGACUCCUUUCUUCAAUAUCUUCAAGAACAAGCCGGUGUAACGGAGGGAGUUACACAGGAGGAAGGCGGCGGAGAAAGGGUCAUUGCGUCUGAUGACGAGGAGGAGGAGAAGCAGGAGGCAGAAGAGAUGAAGACAGAAGAUAUGGAGGAGAUCGAGGAAGGUGAAGAUAAGGCAGAGAAGGUAGUCACACAGGGGAUGAGUGCCGGACACAGGGCCAUGGCGGCUGAUGAUGAGGACGACGUGGCAGAGGGGGAGGUGAAAGCAGAGGAGAUGAAGACAGAACAUAUUAUGGAGAAGGAUAUGGAGGCAGAGGACGAUAAAUCAGAGAAGCCUGUAGUGGCCCAGGAAGAGCAGAUGGAGGAAGCUGAUGAACAGAAAGAGAGGAUGGAGGAGGAGUUGAAGUCGGUAGAAGAGCAGAUGGAUGCUGAUGGAUUAGUUAUAGCUGAGGAGACGAUGGAGGCGGAGAUGUUGGCUGAGGAGGAGAAAGUGAAGGCAGAAGAGGAGCAGGAGGUAGUGGUAGUGGAGAAGGAGCAGAUGAAUGUUGAGGACGAUCAGGGAGUAGCUGCUGCCCUGGCUGCUGAGGAUCAAACUGUGGCAAUCGAGGGGGAGAAGAUCGAGGCUGAUGGGAGACCGGUGUUGUUCGAUGAGGAGGCACAUGAGAUUACUAUGACAUCGGAGCUUGGGGAUGCAGAGGAGGAGGUGAUGUCGGUAAAGAAAGAACGGUUUCUGGUUGAUGGGACCCAGACUGAGGCAGAAGAGCAUGUCGAGGCCGAGUGCAAAAACUCCGAAGUGAAUGAGAAGGAAGAGGUAGCGGCCGAUGAGGAGCAGUCGGUGGCUGCAGCUGAGGGGAUGGUUGAGGAGGGGGAUGCCAAGAAGACGUGUGCAGAUGAGCAGUCAUGGACAGGGAUGGAGCAAGUAGUGAUUGAUGAAGAAAGGUUGGAGGCUGGCGAACGGACGGAGGAGAAUCGGGGGAAGUCAGAGGAGCAGAUGGAGACUGAGAAUGUGAAGGCAUAUGAAGAGCAGGAAGGGGAUAUGGAUGAGAAGGUUCAUAUCGUGUCAUCUAGAAGGAGAACGAAGUGGUGGAAACUACUUUGCUGUUUUGGUUGGAGUUGGCGGAGGAGGCGCUCAUAAUAAUAAAAUGAGCAGAUCAUGUUUUGAUGAUAUUAUUAUGGGAUUUCGAUAAUUGU